GUAAAAUAAUGUCGGUGCCAUGCCGACUCCGUCACCCAACCAAAAUCAGCUGACCCCUCACAGUCACAACACAACAACGUGGCGGGCUGUCUGGAUUAAGACACUCAUGUAGACAUCAGUACCUGCACUCAUCAUGUUCAAGUUCAACUUCAAUGUGGAUUGUGAAGCUGAAAGUGGCAAUGAAGGCUUGGAAGUGGAGUCAACAGACCCUCCACUAGAGUGGCUUCCAGCACUCAGACAUGAGAUCACCAAUCACCACCUGCCUUCUUCGUCUGAUGUUGAUGUUGUAAAAGUUACUGUUGGUACAACAAAAAUCAAGCAUUUAGUUGAAUCUUGUGCCUUGAAAAAGCUGCAAGAGAAGGGAAAUUCUUGUAAUGUAUCAUCAGUUUUACAGAAGCACACAGACCUCGUGCCUGCUGUCUAUGAAGGAGGGCUGACAAUAUGGGAGUGCACAUGGGACCUCCUGCAGCAUUUGGCAGGUCUGGACAUCUGUUUAAAGGACAAAAGGGUCCUGGAAUUAGGUUGUGGGGCAGCACUACCAGCAAUCUACUGUGCUCUGCAUGGUGCUCACAUUACAGUACAGGAUUAUAAUGAAGAGGUUGUCAAUUUCAUUACAAUACCUAAUGUUGCAGUGAACCUCCACAACAGCACUACAGAAGAGGCUGCCACUUCCACAGACGUGCAUCUUUCCCAGACUUUAGCUUCAAGGGCCACAUUCUAUUCUGGAGAUUGGGCUGCUGUUAAUCAAUUAAUAAACCAGCAAACAUGUGAGAGCAGUCGAGGAGAAAGUAUUACAGAUGAUGUACAUGAUGAAGGACAAAAAUUUGAUUUAAUUUUGACCUCAGAAACUAUUUACAAUCCCAGCUGUCACAAGAAAUUACUUGACCUUAUGACAGCUCAUCUGAAGCAGGAUGGAAUCAUAUUAUUGGCAGCAAAGACACACUACUUUGGUGUUGGUGGAGGAACACAACAAUUUGUAGACCUUGUAAAGGCUCAAGAUCAACUCCAGGUUCAGUCUAUCACAUCAAACAACUUGGUCUAUCAAGUCAAGGAGAAAGUACUGUACCACAUGCCAACUGUGAUGCCUAAAAAUGAACAGGUACAAAAUGAGUACAUGAAAAAUAUGAAGAAAAGGGUAAGUAAAUUAAAUCCAGGUCACAAGUCCUGGAUGUGAGUACCUCCAAACAUUCAUAUCAAUAUAUUGAUAUACUUUAUCACCAAUCAAACAUAAAUAACAUUUGUAUAUAAAUUAAAUUGUUUGUUUAGUUUUGCAGCAGAGUCUAUAUUUAGACUUUACUGUUCAGUUCUGCAGCAGAGUCUAUGUAUAGAUUGA